CGAUAUACCACCAGUUGGGUUUUAUUAAACAAAUUGUUUUAUUUAAUAUAAUUAAUAAUGAUGAGUAAUGUAUAUUUUUUAACUAGAUGUUUCUAUAAAAGUAAUAUAUUCUUCGUGAGGGGGAAAUCGUUAACUUUACAAAAUAUAAAUCCAAAUAUUAGAGAUUUGUUCCUGAUGGAUUUAGACGAUCCGGUCUAUCUGAGGUAUAAACGACUUAAAGAAAGACUUAAGCAGUGCCCAGGAAGCCUGCCUUUCGAGGAGAUGUUGGAGGCGACCAGUGGGGACAUGCAAUCGAGUGGCUACAAACCUCUCACCUUCUUACGGCAGGUGGCCUCGGCUUCGUUGUACCCACCCUUGCUGGAGGAUGAGUGCUUUCCUGACGACGUUAAGUGUAAAGUUAAGGAGAUCCUUAAACACUACAGAAGUGUUGGCGGUUGCACUGAGUCGGUUGGCGUCAAAAUGUUCAGAAUGAAGUUGGCUAACUACUUACGCAAGCGUGAUUGUGGAGUUUCUAGAGACCAUGACGAUUUGAUGCUCAAUGGUGGGGUUACAGAAGGUAUCAGGAAUAUCUUGACAUUGUUGUAUGGAUUUGUAGAUUCUAAACAGCCAGCAGUUGUUAUUCCUUCUCCUUCCUAUCCUUAUGGUAUAAUAGAAGAAUUGGGGUUUAAACAGAUCUCCUACGAGUUAGAUGAAGAAAAUUGUUGGGCAUCAACUACAGAAAAUAUGGAAUGUGCAAUCGCAGAUGCUAAAGAGAAAUAUGCCCUAAGAGCCAUGGUCAUAAUCAAUCCAUCCAAUCCUACUAGCACAGUACUAAGGCUAAAUGAAUUGGAAGAAAUAGUAAAGUUCACAUGUAAGGAAAAGAUGAUACUCAUAGUAGAUGAGACUUACCAAAGAAACGUUUAUGAGGGAAACAAAUUUUAUUCCAUUAAGAAAGUUAUGGCCGAUAUGGGUAAACCUUAUUCAGAAAUGGAAAUGGUAUCUUUAUUUGGCCUCUCAAAGGAUGUUGUGGGAGAGACUGGAAUUAGAGGAGGCUUAAUGGAAUUACAGAACUUUGAUAAAGAAAUUAUGCACCAUUUGGAAAAAUAUUUAUCUGUAACCAAAUGCCCUAAUAGUAUAGAUAAUGAUGUAUGCUUUUGCUGAUCACCCAACUGAAGGUGAUCCAUCCUAUGAGCAGUGGAAAAAAGAAACUGAAUCUAGAUUCAAAAGUUUUGCAUGUAAAGCAAAAGUGAUUGUGGAUGAAUUGAAUAAAAUUGAGGGUUUUUCAUGCCCACCUAUGGAAGGAGGUCUUUUCGCCUAUACAAAGAUAUAUGUUCCUGAAAAAGCAAUUAAAGAAGGGAAAAGAAAAUGUUACAAUCCUUCAACGUUUUAUGCUAUACAAUUAUUAGAAGAAACUGGUAUUCUUGUGACUCCAGGAGAUGUCUUUGGCAAGGAACACAAUCCUCACAUCAGAAAAAACAUCUACAGAUAAAUCUAGAAAAAUGUGAAGAGAGAGAAUAACAAAAUGACAUAUAAUUGCAUCCAUCACGUACACAAGGGUCGUAAAAAAACUUUUAACUACUAGUACAAUUUAAUUCAUCUUAGAACUGUCAUGGUAAAAAAACAAAAACAAAAAUAAAUCAGUUACUGCAACUUCUUAUCUUUUUUUUUCAUUUUUUAAUCUUUACUUUAGGAAUUAAUAAAAAAUAUCACCCGUUAAGAAAGUCUUAUAGAAUAAAAACUUUUUCCUCUAUUUUAUAUAUAUUAAAUAAUAAAUCAACAAUGUAUAAAAUAGUUGUGAAAUAUUUUUACACUUCUUUAUGAGAGGUAAUCUUGUUAGCAAUAAUUUUAAAUUACACUUUUACACGCUUGUCAUCUAAAUAAUUACAAACAUAUUUAUUGACUUGUUUGCAUGCCAUUUCCCAGUGAGAAAGGUGGGCGAUCUGACUAUACCGUGAGCGAAUCCCUAAUAAAAUAGUUUUUAAAUAUACUACAAAAUCUAAAUUCAGUAGUCUUAAAAACACAUUUCCGAAUUCAUUAAUUUAAAAAAAAAAUAAAUAUUUAAUCAAUAACAGCCAUUAAAACCCCUUAUAUUUAAUUCCGUUUACCCAGUACAAUGUCCAACAAGGAAAUAUAUAAAAUCUUGUUUUUUUUUUGCUUUUUUUUUAAAUACAAAUUCGCUCACUAUUUAAAUCAAAAAAUGACUCCAUAAGUCUUAUUUGAUAUAUUUUUAUUAUUGUAGUAUCAUAGUAUUUUCAAAACAUGAUUACAAAAUAAAUCUAUAUAUGUUCGCAAAGCGAGAUCAGUCUUCGAGAAAAAUAUCACAAUAGAGACACUAGUAUGAAUCCCAUACUCCAUGUAUGUCCACUUAAGGUAUAACAAAUGUGAAUCAAUAAUAUACAUAUAAAUAUAUAAAAAUACACUGUAAUAAAAAUAUUAUAGAAAAAAAAGAGAACAAAAUCGGGAGACGGGAAGAAUGGCAGUUUUAAAUAAUUACUGUUUAAAAUUCCUACAUCAAACUAUUAAAUAACGAAAUUACCUUUGGAUUUACUGCGGGUAAAAUUUAGGGAAAAAUAAUACAGAAAAAAAAAAAAAAAAAACGCAGACCGACCUUUCUCCCUUUUUUGGACACACAAGUUCUUAACUAGAUUUUUUUAUUACAGUUUUUUUCUUAUUAACAAAUAUCAAAAUUAACUGCAAUAUACUCAGGUGUCCUCAAUACACUCACAAUACAGCUAGUUUAGAUAAUAUCACAGGUAAAGUGUAAUCUUUCUUACCUCAACAAAUAAUAAAUAAAUAAAAAAGUAAUAAAAACAAACAAAAUACAAAUACUUGGCUUUCUUAAGUAAUACAUAGUCUAUAUUUAUAUAUAUUUAUUAAAAGUUUAAAUAUAUAUACCUCAUUUAUAUAAUAACAAAUUGCAGAUUAAACAUGACUUGCUUAUUAUCAUGCUCUAUAAAACUUAUUACUUUUACCCAUUUGUGAAAAAUUUAUUAUUACAAAUAUUCUUUUACCUACUAUUAGUACGUAUUACAACAAACUAUUUCAUAUGUACAACGACCCUUGACUUAGUGGAUAGAUAUCUAGGGGUUGCUUUGUCAUCCACAUGGUUCACAAAGCUUUCUUCCUUUCAAAACUAUUUACGAAAUACCAAAAUACUUCAGAUCUAGUCAAAUAUGACUAAGAAAAUCUUAAUCAACUAAUACCUUUGAUAAACAAUAAAAUCAAACAAAUAUAUGUCGAGGCUGCUCCCACGAGUUAUUAAAAACAACUUAAUCCUAAUGACUAUUCUCAAUUAAAAGUGGUAAAUCACAUUGUUUGAUGAUGUAAUUCAACCGACAAUAGUACAUGUGUACUUGCUUGUACUAGUACGGUUCUAGCAAAUAGCCAUGGAACACAGGGGAUUGUAAUUCAAUAUAUCUGAAAUAGAAGGAAAAUAAAUUAUGAGAUUACACCUAAACUAUGCUUUUAAUAAAAAUUAAAUGAACAAUUUAAGAAGUGAGGCAGUUUAGAGCAAUACUAUAUAUUUAAUCAGUAUCCUCUUUGAUAAUAUUAUAGAAAAUAAAUAUACAUAAAUAUAUACUUCUUUUUUUUAUCAUCAUUAAUCAAUAUAAGAUAUGACUUCAAGUUACCAAUCCCACUUUCGAAAUUCCCAUUAAGUAUUAAGUGCUUCCACAUACUUAAAGGCUAGGUAAAUUUAAAUUGUUAGAUAGAAAUAGUUAUCUUCUACCAAAUGUAAGAGCAGCCUCUCGAUCUUGUUCAAUUCUUAAUCCAUAAAAAUUGGAUUGUAAUGAACCAAUAUUUAACAUCUAUUUAAUUUCGACUUUCUUUAUCUUUUAAAGCAAAAUCAAUAUAUUUAACAAUCCAAAUUUUAUUAAAAAUUGAAUAAAAGAAUACUUAAAAGAAACGAUACAAUCACAAUAUUCCCAUUUUAAUAACUAAUAUAUUCCCCUCUUUGAAUGUUUUUAUUAUAAUUUAGUGCAUUUCGAUAGCAUACAGAGUAAUUUUAUUUUCAUACACUAAUAUACUUAAUUAGACAAUAACAUACUUUUUAAUCGAACAAGCAAAUAGAAGACUAAAUAUACAAAGCUAUAAAACCAUCAAAUGCCUCACAAUGAGAGAAUAUAGUUAAAACACACAUACACACAACUAGAGUGCCAACUGAGUUAGCAAUUCGGUUUAAUUGCUUACAAGUCUAGAGGGUAGUAGUUAGAGAGUACAAAACCUCAAGCAAUUCCAGUGAGACGAUAUUAUUUAUAUUACAAUUAUAUUAAGUGCAAGUGUCAGGUUAGAACAAACACUACCACAUAUAGGGAAAUAGAAAAAAAUAAUAUUCAUAUAAGACAAAUUACUCCCAUAAAUUCCUUAACUAACUGAAAUUAAAGCCAUCGCUCGGAUAAAUCGAAACAAAGAAUACAAUUACUUUUCUACAGUUUACAAAAAGUAUCAAAACUAGUGAGUUUUAAUAACAAAGUUUUGGUUCGGUAAAUUUAAAAACCUACAUACUAACCGUAACAUACAUUUUUAAUAUAAAUUAAAAUCAUUAUUUCAAAUUCAAUUUUUUAAUUCACUUAAUACUACAGGAAAAUAAAUACAUCACAUAACUAGAGACCUACAAUCUUUAGUAUUUCUUUAGCUACUUCUCUACAAAUCAAAGUGGCCACUUUCUCGUAGAUAUUAAGUUCACCGAUCCAAAAAAAUAAAUAAAUAACAAUUACAGAAAAAAAAAAUUCUUAGUUCUUUAACGCCCGAUAGUUGCUAGAAACUAUGUUUCCAAUCCUUAUAUAACUGAUAACUGAGCGACUUAUUUGUACAGCUAACGUAUACAGUGGCAGCCAAUACCUCAAUAUGUUCUCCCGAUCAGGAAAUUACCGCAUACUUUAAAAGCUAGAAGUUCACCGUCUUAUUUAUUGCGCAAGGAUAAAUUUCGCACAUAGUUUAACUAUAAAUUACACUUAUCCGAGUCCAAAGUGAUUUCUCUUUAAUGGAAUAUCAAUACACUACAGUAUUUAGAAAUAAUCUAAUUAGAAUUUAUUUGGGAGAAUAAUAAAAUAAAAGGUCCCAAUUCCUUCCUUAUAAGAUAACUAAUUUAAUAAGGUUAAAUAAUCAGUACCUCAAUAUAACCGUAAAAUUAAUUAACAGGCCUUUAAGGUUAGAGCUGAUUCGUAACUACAGCCUAGGACAACUUGAAACAAAGGAGCAGCCUUAGUGGUCUGUUAGCAAAAACCAUAAAAAAUAAAAUAAGAUCAUAGUGCCUGGAAAUGAUUCAAGAAUCUAGGAACAUUUAUAAUGCAAAUCAGUAAACAAAGAAAACAAUUUAGAAGCCCACCGAGGAAGUUAUAUUUAUAACUAAGGUUUAAAAAAUCCUGAUGAAUCGUUAUAGGCUACUUGUAUAAUACACAAUUAGAAUUAACUAAAGAACAAACAAAAUAAUUAUUGUAAAAAAAAGAAGUAUCAUAUAUAAAAAAAAAGAAAAAAAGAAAAGAUAAACUUGUAGUUAAACCUAUUUUUUUCUUUAUGGAACAAUAGAUAUAAGACUGCUUACUGCUGAACAGCCUGAGGUUGGGGCUGAGCAGCGUAUUGAUAGAACGCCUGUGGAGGGGGGUGCGAAGGAGGGCCAUGGUGCUGGGCGGGGUAGUAGUGAGUGGUCGCUGACUGAGGGGCUCCUGCCCCCUGGUACCCACAGCUUCCACCCCUGGCUCCCCAAAACUUAUGGUUAACUAUUCCAGCUGUCGGGUCCAUAUAUGGUGGUGCUGACAUGUACAUUUCAUUGCUUCCAUUUCCAGCAGUUGCUUGCUGUUGUUGCUGCUGCUGCUGCAUAUGGUAGCGAUUGUAACCUCGAUUCAUAUUGGCUUGUGGGUUCAUGUUGUUACCUCCAUACCUGAAAAACAAAACAAAUUUCAGCGAUUUAUUUAUUUAUAAAAAAUCCUUAAUCAAUUCUUGUUAUUAUAGAACCGUGCCUGAACAUGCAUUAUAGUAUAUGGUAAAUACUCCAUUGUAGUCUAAGAUAAUAAACAACAUAAUAGUUAAAUAUUAAUUUAAGGAUAAAUUGAAUGUAACUUAAAACAAAUCUUAGAAUAUUUAUAAAUAUGCUUGAGGAAUUCUUAAGCUUAACCAAAAAAAAACGCUGCAAAUUAUUUCACAAUGGUUUAUUAUUCCUAAACAAUUAUACAUCUAAAUUAACAUUACCUUCCGAGUUACAAAGAAAAAUAAACAAUUAUUCCAAUUAUUGGACUAAACUUUUUUUUAAUCAUUAGUAAUAUGCUAAAAAAUAAAAUAGCAUUACUUCAGUAACACAUUCAGAAUUUAAAAACCAAACCAAGGAUAUAACAUUUCUAGUAGAACAUAUAAAAAAAAAACAGAGACCAAUCUUUGCUCAUAAUUGUCCGAUAUUAAAGAUUUUUUUUUUGGUUUUUUAGGAAACUUCGUAAAGUUUUUAAAAACCAUAUACAAUUUCAACAAAAAAGUAUAAACUUUUUGAGAUAUUCGGAAUUUAAUUUUAUCAUCCCUCGUACUUUUUUCCCAGCUUCUUUUCGCUGAAGUAUGUUAUAUAGAUAAAUUUAAAGGGCGUCGAGAAAAUGACUUUAGCGAAGUCUCAUUGAAAUCUGUACAUUCGUUUCGGAGCUACAGUCUAUAGCAACGCAUGUUUUUCGGCCUGCCAUUUUGAAAGUAAAAGGCGGAUAGUAAUAAUGUCGAUGAAGGAGGACCAGCCUCGGGUGACCUCUGAUUUUAUAUCAAAAUUUGAAAAAAAAAAUUAGUCCAGUAGUUUCGGAGAAAAUGCGCGGACGGCAGACGGACAAAAAGAUUUUUAUUCGUUUUUCGAAUUCUACGCAUCCUGUAACGUGAAACGUCAAAUUUUGAGAGGGGGUUAAGUUUUUUAAUUUUUUGGUCGAUCACAUCACAAUAGUUGAUUAUUGAAAAUAAUAAACCAAUACAGUUCAAAGUAGCCUGCAAAACCCAUAAUUUUUUUAUCAAGGCAAAUCAAAUUAACCAAGACUUAAGGAAAUCUAGGAAAUAAAAACAUAACAAAAAUCUUGAGUACGAAUUAGACACAAAUAAUACUUUUCUUUUUAAAAUAACAACUUCAAGUACAAUCACCUUAAAUUUUACUACUAUGAUAUCCAUAGGCCGUUAAAGACUUAGUGACCAUGGUAGUUAUAACCAAAACUGUUUUUAAUAAAAUCAUCUUAAAUGAUGAAGUUAAACUUUGUCGCUUUCAUGGUCAUUAUAAAUAAUAUCCUAUUAAUUACUACCGCAUGUAAACAGUAAGAACUUACCUUUGGUGUUGAACAUAGCCACCCUGCUGCCUUUGCCCAUUCUGAUAAGGCCUCCGUUGCUGUUGGCCAUUUUGAGGUUGAGGGUACCUUGGGUUUCUGUAAUCUUGACCCAUAUUGGCCUGGUGUUGUACUGGAGGUUGCGAUGAAAUAGGAUGCUGUUGUAUCUGCUGUGACUGUUGGCUAGUUGGGGUCCAUGUCAUGCUAGAAUUGCUUCUCCCACCAUUCAUGUUGUUGGAAACCCUCGAAUCAUUAUUUUUGUUAGUAUUUUGAUUGUUUCUGUUGUUCCAUUUAUUUCGUCCUAAAACAAAACGAUAAAAAUUUACUAAGACAGCCUAAAUUAUUAUCUACUUCAGAGAAAAUUCUUCAAAUUAAGUUCAACACUUAUUCACAAAAAGUGGUUACCAGUUUUUCAAAGCUGAAAAUGUAAAUCAGUCUCCUAACCAUAUUAAUGGGUUGUCCAGAAAAUAAUGCAGUAUUUUGAGUUUUCUUUAAAUACCCCUUUUUAUAACAACAUUUUUGCGUUUACUCGAUUAUUCAUUUGUAUGAAUGUCAAUAUUUAUUAAUACUCUUCCAAACAAUGUAUGUUUACCUCUGUAAAAAUUCGCUGUUUAAAAAUAAUUCAGUUUUUACUAAGAUGUCAACGUGUGAUUUUUCCAUAGUUGUCUUUUAGAAGUUUAACCUCAGCCAGAAACAUCAAUCAAGUCUGGGGCAAGAGAAGCGUUAAUGAGUGAACUGUUCAACAGUGGUUCAAAAAAUUUCGGAAGGGAGAUUUCAGCCUUGAAGACAUGUCAUGAAAGGACUUCCUCUCUUGAUGAUGAUGUGUUGCAGGCUUUGGUGUGGAAGAAAACCAUAGAACAACUGUUCGAGAACUUGCAGGGAAACUUAAACCUUAGCAAAUCAACCGUCAAUGAUCACCUCAAAUCAAUAGGAAAGAUAAAAAAGCUUGAUAGUUGGAUUCCACACUCAGUGUGGAUACUUCACGAUAACUACAGUCGUUUCAGACACUGGCUCGACAAAGAAAAAGUAGCAGAACAUUUUCCAAAGCCUUAACUCAUCAAAAAAAAGUGAUGGUUACCAUUUGGUGGGCUUCAUUUGGUUUGAUACACUACAGUACAGCUCCUUAAAUCCUGGAGAAAUCAUUAAUGCCAAAUUGUGUUGCAACCAAAUUAAUGCAAUGCAUCAGAAAUUGGCAAUAAUGCAGCCAUCUUCGGUCAAUCAAAAGGUGCCCAUUUUGUUGCAUGACAAUGCCCGGCCACGUCUCAUGUGUCACGUCAUCAUAAAAACUGUUAUGAGCCUGCAUAUGAAACUCUGCCACAUCUACCCUACUCUCCGGAGCUCCCGCAUUACUAUCAUUUUUUUAGACUCCUAUACCACUACUUAUGUGUCUUAAACAUUUAAUGGACGAAGGGCAUGGGAAUUUAUCAAUUUUGAAGAUGGAAAUUUUAUUCCGAGGUAAUGAAAAGUUGCCAACAUGUUGGCAGAAAUGAAUUGAUAGUAAAGACUAUUUUGAUUAAAUAAAACACUUGUAA